UAUUAAUGUUUUAGCGAAUUUGCAAAAGGACACAACAUUUGGAAAAUAAAAAAAAAAAAGUAAAAAAAGAAAAAGUAAAUAUUAAGCCGUGUGAUGGGAGUUGCAUGCAAUAUGAACAAAUAUAGGUGAAGCGGGCGUCGCGUUGAAUCAUGUUUGACUCAUCAAAUCCUCAUGCACCAAAGGAACCAUAUCUACAAAUACAAUUUAUCUUUAGUAACAAAAAACGGCGUAUCUAUUAUAUCCGAUAUUUAUUUGACUGAUAGUUAUCGUUUUCAUAUUCAUUCGUUUGUUUUCAGAAACGUCCCUUGAAAGUUGGAGGCAAAGCAUGAUGACGUUCCGUUGUUUUUGUUCAUAGCAUGACAUGAUCGAUAAUUCGAUAUGCAUGCGGGAAUGAACAUAACGCUCCAAAAACCAUUAAUCCUAAGAUGCUUUCUAAUAUCCUUCUUCCUCUCCCUCACCUUCUUCUACCUCUUCCUCCACCUACUCUCCCCACAACAACCCCGCCAUUCCAUCACGACCAAAGACCUCAGAAUCCGACCUGGUUACACCUCCUACGACACCUACAUUCAGCGCCAGCUCAACAAGACCCUCAACCCUAAGCUCCGAAAAAUAUGGACAACAUGCGACUGGAACCGCAAAAUCCCGGUUUUCGCGCGCUUCUUCGAGGACCUUAAGGAUAAGAACCUUCUCCACAACGCCUCGAAAGCGCUCUGCAUAGGCGCGCGCGUGGGCCAAGAGGUGGAGGCGCUUCGGCGAAUCGGCGUGACGGACUCCGUCGGAAUGGACCUCGUUCCGUACCCGCCCCUUGUCGUCAAAGGCGACUUCCACAACCAACCGUUCCGUGGCGGCACGUUCGACUUCGAAUUCUCGAACGUGUUCGACCACGCGCUCUACCCUGAACGCUUCGUGGGCGAGAUCGAACGCACGUUGAAGCCCAACGGCGUCUGCGUGUUGCACGUGGCCUUGUCCACGCGCGCUGAUAAGUACUCCGCUAACGACCUCUACACCGUUAAGCCCCUCGUCGCGCUUUUUAAGAACUCCGUUUUGGUUCACGUUCGCCCCGUCGAUGGUUUUGGCUUGGACACCGAGGUUGCGUUUCGUAAGAAGUAAAUGGAAUGGAACCUGCUUCUCAUCCUUUCCGUUACCGUUACCGUUACCGUUAACUCUCUUUUUUUUCCCCUUUCUUUCCUUAUUUGUGGGAUGUAUUUGGAUUUUGGUUUUCGGUUGAAUGAUUGGGCGGUGGUGGUCGUUACAUUGCAAUGUACAUUUUGCUCAGGUGACGAUGGACACAGGAUAGGAUAGGAAUAGCACACUACUCCAUUGUGUUCAUAGGAAUGUACAAGAACUCCACGGUAUUAUUAAAAAAAAAUCAGCCUUGUUUUUUAGUUUUUA